GCUUCUGUCUACGCGUAUUUCGCUCGCUUAUGGAAGUUUGAACAAGGUACAAAAGCCAAGACUGCCAUCAAGGUAAUCAGCAACGCAACGACUUACAAGCUGGCCGCUCAGCAUAUAUAUAAAUACAUCGCUGUCAUCACGAGCCACCACCAUCACCACCACCAUAAUCAUCAUUCAGGAAUUCCUCGAUAUUUUCAACAAACAAAGAACAAAAAUGGCAUCCCAACCAUCCAAGAUCCCGAACUCCAUUGAGAUGUUCGACAGAACUGCCGACGGCUACGACGAAAACACAGGCGGCUGCACCGUCGACGUCGCCCGCCACAUCAUCUCCAUAAGCCCACCCAUCACUUCCACCUCCACGAUCCUCGACAACGCAAGCGGCACCGGCGCCAUAUCCCAGGCCAUCCUCCGGCCCUUCAAACUCAGUCAAUUAUCUCCUCCCCACGUCACUCUCGCAGACGGCGCCGCAGGAAUGAUCCGCGUCGCCAAAGCCGAGCUUGCGCGCCUCGCGCUCCCAGUGCAGAACACAGACUUCGUCGUUGCGCCGGCGGAGGAUCUAAGUUCACUGCAAGACGACGUUUUCUCGCAUUCGUUUACGAACAUGGGGCUCCCGCUUUUCGUGGACGGCGAGAGGGCGAGUCGCGAGAUUCAUCGCACCGUUAAGCCGGGUGGCACGGCGGUAGUAACUUCUUGGAGGAGUUUCGGGUACCUUGAUCCAGUUCGGGAUGCGCAGGCUGUGGUCUUGCCGGGGACAGAACCGUUUGAUUUGCCGCUAGCGAAGAAGUGGUUUGAUCCGGAGUAUAUAGAGAAAGUCAUGCGGGAGGCCGGGUUUGAGAAUGUGCAGAUGGGUAGUUUCGAGGCGUGGUAUGCAGCGGAAAGCGAGGAGAAGAUCGCGAACUUUUUGGUGAGGUUGACCGAGGCUGUGCCGUGGAUGAAGGGAAAGAGGGACGAGAUACUGGCGGAGCUGCAGAAGACUGUGGUAAAGUAUGCCAAGAAGGUAAAGAAGAUGGUGUACCACGGAGACAAGGAGAUCGAAGUAGAGCUGGUUGGUCUUUCAAUGAUGGCUAUCGUGGCGGUCUGCAAGAAGUAGAUGAUUGCUACUGGUAAAGUGGAGCUCUGAUUGGGAAAAAGUAUAUUCUCCUUUUUCAUUUACACCUGCUUCCUGUGGCUCGACUGUCCAUACAUUUCUGCGGGUCCAUCAUCGCCAGCCAGCAAUGGGUGACUUUAGGUAUACCACACUAUCUCCCGUCGGGCCAAUAGACA